AACACAAGUCAAACAAACUUCGGCGUGCAAAUGAAAGUAGCAGCGUAAAGAGUUGUUUUGUGUGGCUAGUGGUGGCAUCAAUGGAGCUCUCGAUCUCGCAAUCACCGCGUGUCCGGUUCUCGUCUCUGGCACCUCGUAUCUUAGCAGCUUCUCAUAAUCACCAUCGCCCUUCGAUGCAUUUAGCUGGGAGGUUUAUAAGCCACUCUAAAGAUGUUCACUUCACGAGCUUAUCAUCUUCGAGAAUGCGGUCCAAAUUUGUUUCAACAAAUUAUAGAAAAAUCUCGAUCCGGGCAUGUUCUCAGGUUGGUGCUGCUGGUUCUGAUCCAAUGCUGGAUAGAAUUUCCCGGUUCCAAAAUGCUUGCUGGAGAUUUCUUAGGCCCCAUACAAUCCGCGGAACAGCUUUAGGAUCCACUGCCUUGGUGACAAGAGCUUUGAUAGAGAACACUCAUCUGAUCAAGUGGAGUCUUGUACUCAAGGCACUUUCAGGUCUUCUUGCUCUUAUAUGUGGGAAUGGUUAUAUAGUUGGCAUCAAUCAGAUCUACGACAUUGGAAUCGACAAAGUGAACAAACCGUACUUGCCAAUAGCAGCAGGAGAUCUAUCAGUGCAGUCUGCUUGGUUGUUGGUGAUAUUUUUUGCGAUAGCAGGGCUUCUAGUCGUCGGAUUUAACUUUGGUCCUUUCAUUACAUCUCUAUACUCUCUUGGCCUUUUUCUGGGAACCAUCUAUUCUGUUCCACCAUUGAGAAUGAAAAGAUUCCCAAUUGCAGCAUUUCUUAUUAUCGCCACGGUGCGAGGAUUCCUUUUAAAUUUUGGUGUUUACCAUGCUACAAGAGCUGCUCUUGGACUUUCGUUUCAGUGGAGUGCACCUGUGGCUUUCAUCACAUCUUUUGUGACACUGUUUGCGCUGGUCAUUGCUAUUACAAAAGAUCUUCCUGAUGUCGAAGGAGAUCGAAAGUUCCAAAUAUCAACCCUGGCAACAAAACUUGGAGUGAGAAACAUUGCAUUCCUCGGUUCUGGACUUCUGCUAGUGAACUAUAUUUCCGCCAUAUCACUAGCUCUCUACAUGCCUCAGAUUUUCAGAGGUAGCUUGAUGAUUCCUGCACACGUGAUCUUGGCUUCAGGCUUAAUUUUCCAGACAUGGGUACUAGAAAAAGCUAACUACACUAAGGAAGCUAUCUCAGGAUAUUAUCGGUUUAUAUGGAAUCUCUUCUACGCAGAGUAUCUGUUAUUCCCCUUCCUCUAGUUUUAUUUGUAUAUCUUCCUUUUCUUUGUAACUUGGCAGUCAAAAUCAGUUUGUUCAUGUACAUACCAAAGGAUAUGUCUUUUUGAAUUUUGAUAUCUUGCAAUAAUAUUUCUUGUUACCAAUACAAA